CCUUUUCAAAAUUCCAAACUCCAAAUUCCAAACAAGAAAUAGAGGUACCGUUAUCUUUAUUCUCCGCCCGAAUUUCAUUUGUUUGCCUGAGCGAAGAGCCGCAGAGAGAGAGAUGGAAGGAGUAGUAGUGUUUGGUGGAGGCAGAGCUGUUGCUGCCUCUUGUGUCUCUUCCUCUCUUCUCCGACCAACCACCACCAAGUUCACCGUUUCAGCCUCCACACGCCGACACCAACACCAACACCUCACUGCAUUCCCUUCUCAUUCCCAUCUUUUCUCUUCUUCUUCUCCGUAUGCCAAAUCCCUUCGCGCCAAAACCGCUUCCAACCCCUGCAUCUUCCUCCCACACCUAAUUGCUUCUCUGGAACAGGUUGACCAAACUUACAUAAUGGUCAAACCUGACGGUGUUCAACGUGGCCUUGUAGGAGAAAUUAUUUCUAGGUUUGAGAAGAAAGGGUUUAAGUUAACUGGCUUGAAGCUCUUCCAAUGCUCAAAGGAAUUAGCUGAGGAGCAUUACAAGGACCUAAAAGGAAAGUCAUUCUUCCCUAAGCUGAUUGACUAUAUUACUUCAGGUCCUGUUGUGUGCAUGGCUUGGGAGGGUGUUGGAAUAGUGGCAUCAGCACGUAAACUUAUUGGAGCUACAGAUCCUCUACAAGCUGAACCAGGCACAAUAAGAGGAGAUCUCGCAGUUCAAACAGGAAGGAACGUUGUUCAUGGCAGUGACAGCCCUGAGAAUGGAAAGCGGGAAAUAGCUCUAUGGUUCAACGAAGCCGAAUUAUGCCAAUGGAAUCCUGCCCAAGCGUCAUGGCUAAGAGAAUAAUAAAUUGCAGAAUCUCAUGUUCAAUGAUACUUGCAGUUUCAGAAGAGUUCAAUAACCUCGUCAAUUGUUUCAGUUGUCAAUGUUGCUACAUUAACUUUCCUGAAUAAACAGUCGCUCAGAAAUUUUGUAUCACUGCAUUAAUUUCACAGAUUAAACAGUUUCCCAGAUACCUUUUUGAAUU